CUCAGUGAAAGGCAGACAUGUGCUUGCCGUGCCAGCAGACCAAUGCUCAGACAGCUGGCUUUCUCUCCUUGACUCCCCUAACUAUCUCCCACUUUCUUUUCCCUCCACAGUGGCUCUAUUAAUUCUUUCUCCUCCUUUCCUUUCCUCUCUUCUUAUUUCCUUUGCAGUUUCCCCUGCGCAGACAGAUCAAAAUAAUUGUCCUAUAGCAGAGCUUGUGUAAUCGCUGGCUUCACAAGCACGGGAGCCACUGCCUCAACACCGGCCCAAUACGGAAUACCAAGAACUGGACUGAACACCACAGUGUUGAAGAAAAGGAGAGAACAUUUUCUAAACUUCAAGGAAGAAGGAUACAGUAAGGAGUACAGAGAGUGACAGAAGAAGAGAGAAGAAACAGAGUGAGGAGGGCAGGAGGAGUGAAGUGUUAGGACCAUGCCUGGCUGUCACAUCCGGACACCCCUGAUGUUGGUGCUCUGCAUGCUGGUGCUGUCCUGUGGGUCAGGAGGUGCCCGGCGGAUCAGAAAGAGAGGGCUUAACCAAAAGGAUCCAGUUGCAGAGGGAGGCGUUCACUACCAGGGUCCCGAACAUAGUGGUGUUGAACGCUGAGCUGUAAAUGAACAACAUUCUCAAGGAGGCAUUCCUGUUCUGUUUCUGGGCCAUCUGCCACAGCCUCUCAGGACUUGUAUGUCCUCCCCAGGACUAUGAGUAUCCAAAUCAGCAGUCCCAAUCCACGCAGCACCAGAAGAAUGACCGCUGCCCACCCCCUCCUCAGAUGCUGCCGGAGCGGGCUUGCGAGGUGCCCGGCUGCCGCUCUGACUCAGAGUGUGAGCGCCACAAGCGAUGCUGCUAUAACGGCUGCAUCUAUGCCUGUCUGGAGUCAGUGCAGCCACCACCAGUGCUGGACUGGCUGGUUCAACCCAAGCCUCGGUGGCUGGGAGGGAACGGCUGGCUUCUAGACGGUCCAGAUGAGGUACUGCAGGCGGAGGCCUGCAGCACCACAGAGGAUGGUGACGAGCCCCUGCACUGUCCCACAGGCUAUGAGUGCCACAUCAUCAACCAAGGAAACCCCGCCGCUGGCAUCCCCAAUCGGGGACAGUGCAUCAAGUCUCGUGGCAACUCUGAUGGACGUCCCAUGAGGCAAAAGUCCUACAAGGACUAUAAGGAUUACUUGGGAAUUGGAAGCAGCUCUAAUAAUGCAGUGGCCUAUGAGAAACACCAAACACAUGGGAUGAGAUCUUCAGAUACCGCAACACAGAACCUCAGCUAUCAGAGCCCACAUAUCAUACCUCUCUUGACAACGGAACAACCAGACAACCCUACGGUGCUUUACACUUCCCAUGUCUGGCCUGGGGAAAGGAGGGUACCAAGCCUUCAGUUCCUACCUCUCUCAAACUGGCACACUCCUUUGGUUGUAAUAAUGGUGCAGGCAGGGUUUUAAACAAUACUUUGACAGAUUUACACACACACAGAAACAUGCUUUGGUUUAGUCAUGGGCAAGAUGUAAUGGUGUUAUGAUUGAAAAGGAGAAAUGAACAAGACACAAAGCCCCUUUCUUGAUCGGUCUCAAACCACAAAAAUAACAGCCUUUUUUCUAUACACAAUAUCAAAGUAGAUGCACUGAAACCCCCCACAACCAGACACACACGUAUCUCAUAGAAGAGAAAAUAAGGACUAUGUGCUGCUGUUGGCCCUCUCACCCUUCAGGCCAGCAGGAUGAAGAUCCCAUAAACACACAGACGAGGAACAGACCCAGAACCACCAACACAAUCCAUACACUCUGCUUACAUGUCAAAGCAUGUCAAUCAUGGUGGGAGAGCAAGCUGGGCCUUAUACCAGUAUGACCCCAUCAUCAACACACAGGAGUUGUUCAAAGUGUUUGUAUCGACUGUACAUGAAAUAGGACAUAUUCCAUUCAGUAUAUUCCCUCAGUCGGUCCAAAAAUGAACAUUAGUAUGACAGAAAGACGGGUGUGAGUGGUUAGGAAUAUCCAUAUCUGGAUUUUAGUACAUCAAAUGGUGCUCGGUUCUAAGGCUGUAUCUUCUAACAGAACAAUAAGCUGGUCUACACGACUGAAUUCCACAACUAAUAAGCUAGAGGUAUGAACAACAUGUAACCAUUUUCUAUGAGGGAGACAGUAAUAUCCAAAUGUCAAACUGGUGCUGUAAUGUUGCUUUGUGUAUUACAAAUAAACUGUAUGUUUGAGGAA